AAGUUUGUGUUUUCUCAUCAUCAUUGUCGGUUUUCUGCUGUUUCAUCUUACGGCUUUCGAUUAUUCCGAAAAUUAUCGUUGUUAAUCAAAAUAAUUUAUCAUUAAAUAGUGUGUUGUCGAAAGGAUGAGCUCAAUAGGAACAGGUUACGAUUUGUCCGCAUCGCAGUUUUCGCCAGACGGACGAGUAUUCCAGAUCGAGUAUGCUGGCAAAUCGGUGGAAAACAGCGGUACGGUGAUCGGUCUCCGCGGAAAGGAUGGUAUUGUGCUGGCGGUUGAAAAAUUGAUUACCAGCAAGCUGUACGAACCGGAAUCCGGAACACGGAUUUUCACCAUCGAUACCUCCAUCGGGAUGGCCAUCAGUGGCAUGAUUGCCGAUGGUCGGGCAAUUGUCGAUAUUGCACGACAGGAAGCAGGCAAUUACAGGCAACAGUACGACCGGCCAAUCCCACUGAAGCAACUGAACGACCGUUUGUCCAGCUAUUUCCAUGCCUACACUCUGUACAGUGCGGUGCGUCCGUUUGGAGUGAGCGUUAUACUGGCCUCGUGGACGGAGGAAACGGGACCGGAAAUGUACAUGAUCGAUCCGUCCGGUGUGGCUUGCGGAUAUUUCGGAUGCGCCAUUGGUAAGGCAAAGCAGACCGCAAAGACUGAAAUCGAAAAGCUGAAAAUGGCUGAUAUGACGGUCAAUGAUUUGAUUACCACCGCCGGAAAAAUAAUCUACCAAGUCCACGACGAGCUAAAGGACAAGGACUUUAAGCUGGAGCUUAGUUGGGUUUGCCAAGCAUCGAACGGUCGGCACCAGGUGGUACCGGAUGAGAUGUAUACUGCCGCCACCAGAGCAGGACAGGAAGCAGUCGACGAAGAUGACAGUGAUAACGAAAUUUAAAUUGGUUCUUCUUCUGGCUGCUGUUCUGCUGUGGGGGAAGUAAAAAAUUCUCUUUUUUGCUAAGUUACUUGAAGGAAAAGCUUGUAUCAGUAAUUUCAUAUGAUAAAAUAUAUUGAAAGGAA